UUCUGCUAGCAGUGAAACCAGUGCUUACCCUGUUCUUCUUAUUCUUAUAGGCAAUCUGACCUACUCCGAUCUCGAAUUCCAGAUCGCGGCGCUUCUGUAUGGCCUCCAUGUCGACCGCCGACUCCGCUUCGAUAUCCGGACGAAAGCGGUCGUUCCACGCGGCGAUCGCCUCCAACCCGACGGAAUUCCGAUCCGGGUUCCCUCGCCGCGACCAUGUUCCCCUCUUCCCGAACAUUGAACGCGUCUCUAGUGAUGCAUUGCUCGAUGUGGCGGAGAAUGAGGAGGAGGAGGGAGAGUCCACUUCUAGCUGCUUCCAGAGCGACGUCUCCCACGAAUCCAAGGUGAUUGGGAGCUCUGUGAGCGGGGCUCCCCUGAGUGAUCUCCGUCGUAUUACCCAAACCUACUCUCGGAGGAUCAAGGAAGGCAGGAGUGGAAGAGAUCCGAAGCGAUCGAAAGUGGAGGUUAGCAAGAGAGACUCCGCUAUUGGAACCGAGGUCUCUGAGAUCCUCGAGGCGUUUCCUCGUGGGAAUUCUAAGAAGAAAGCCCCGGCGAGUAAGGUAUUGGAGAAAGAACCGGAGAUUUCGGACUCCUCCUGCCUCGGUUCCAUCACCGACGUGAAUGGCGGCGGAACGCUCAAAUCGGCGACGGACGAAGCAGCCGGGAGGUCCCAGAUCUCUCGGAACUCGGUGGCGCCAAUUAAGAAGCUGCGACGCGAUCGGGACCUCGACUCCGAUCUCGCCUGCUCCGAGCGGAUACCGAACGAGGGCGAGGAGGAGGAGGAGGAGAGUUCAGAGUACUCGACGUGCAACGAGAUGACCCUCUCCGAGAUCGAGGAGGAGCUCUUUGGCCUUUGCAGCUCCGAGGCGUUCAUCUCCGACAAUAAUUCCUCCUCCUCCUCCGAACUCGUCGUGUCCUCUUCUUCCUCCGACGGCUUCUCCGAGAAGACUCUCGACCGCGCCGCCCCCUCCGCCACCUUCUCCCUCUUCCUCCAGCUCGCGCGGCAGUUCUUGCCGUCGAGCUUCAGCAUGGACCCCGGAACUCAAUUCGAGGCUUUUGAGGAGUUCACGUUGAUGAGGUUUGAGGACGAGGAGGACGAGGAGAGCUAUCGGAGGCUUCGAAGCCGGGAGAGGAGAGACGCGGCGGUCCACAACUACGCCGAGGAGUACAGCAACACGACGAACGACGGCGGUCUGAUCCUGGAGCAACGGAUCGUGAUGAUUAACUGGAUGGUGGAGCAUUCGAGUGCGAUGGAGCUGCAGAGUGAGACGCUGUUCUUGGGGGUGAGCUUGAUGGACCGCUUUCUGAGCAGGGGAUACUUCAAGAGCGAAAAAAACCUCCAGUUGCUAGGGAUAGCUUGCGUCACUCUUGCCACCCGAAUCGAAGAGAACCAACCUUACAACAGCAUACGGCAGAUAUCGUUCAAGGUGGGGAACAACUAUUACAGCAGAGGCGAAGUUGUAGCCAUGGAAUGGGUGGUGCAAGAUGUUCUAAGAUACAAAUGUUUACUUCCAACAACUCACCAUUUCCUCUGGUUUUAUCUCAAGGCAGCAAGAGCAGAUGCCAAUGUACAGAAUCUGUCGAAAUACUUGGCCGUCUUAUCCCUUCUGGACCAUGAAAGGCUUUCCUACUGGCCAUCUAGCAUAGCAGCCGGCUUGGUCAUCCUUGCUUGCCUGGCCACCAACCAUGAUGACUCGUGCCAAAUGGUUAUGGAGACCCAUGUUAGAACAAAGAACGAUGAUCUACCGGAAUGCAUGCAGAGCCUUCAGUGGUUGGUCAAGUACGCAUGCUAAGUACAGGGUUUCUAGUAAUAAUGAAAUUAGAACUGAGUUCAUCAAAACACUAAAGGAGGUAAGUAAUAAACAUAGCCUUUAUAGAUAACACUAGAUUCUUGUGCAUUUUUGCUCAGCUUGGAAUUCCUUCCACUAGAAAUUAGUGCGCUAUCAAAAGUAUACAGAUGAGUGCUAACAGCUACUUCGAUAAACAUUAAUUGCUGAGUUUGUAAUCGUGUUGUAAUUCUACAGUAAAACACAUCAUCGUUUGUACCAAACUUCCAAACUUUAUUUCGGUAGCAAGUUGUAUUUUCCUGCUUCAAAUCAAUUUCAUUUUUCAAUUGCAUAGCAACCUACAUCAACAAAAGAGGCAUUUAAAUCAACCUCUUCAA